GCAGAACUAGGUUAGGAUUACGCAAUCGCAGGAGCAGAACUCUUUUUUUUGCCAAGACAGAUUGUUUGAUUUUCGAACAUUUUCACAUCCAGGACACAGCGAAAAUAUAUUAAUUAGUGCUGUGUCUGUUUCGUCAAAACGAGUGCACAAAUAUCUCUUCCAUUCCCAAGACUAGAGAGAGCGAGAUCGAGAUGAGGGUUCAAAAAAAAACUCUAUCGUGCGAAUUCGAACUGGGUGACGAGAGAUCGAGUCGCUUACACGACUUACUAAAUACAAUCGUAUCGUCGAAGAAGAAGAACGUCCUCGUAAAAAGAUGAAGGGCAUAUCGCUGUGGCUGAAUAUGAAGCAAUAAAGCUGCUCUGAAAAAGGUCCUCUGCAUAGAUUUUGCUAUCAACAAUAUUCAUCUUCAUAAUAUUGACUCCAAAAUCAAAGAUUCCUGACUUAGGAGAAGGUCGAGGUUAGAAAGCAAAAUAUCAAGUAAGCUCAUAAAUCUAUUUCACUUUCCUCUCGAACUUGAUGUUACCUAAGUACAAGAAUUCUGGUACUCCAGCCACGAGAACGAGAUCAACAACCCUACUGGAAGAUUGGUGGCCUACUUCACGUUCAGCAUUACAACAACAAUCUUCCAAAUCGGAAACGAACAAAAUGACGGUCGACUCUCAUCCUAGAUGGGGUGCGGCUGACAUCGAAGCGGUUCGCUACGAACAAGAUGAAUAUCGAGAUGGAUUUCGGUACGCGUCUAAGAUAUCUUCAUCCUCCUAUUCGUAUUCGCCAGAUGAUGAUAGUACCACGACCUUUGGUAGUAGUGCCAGUUCACCUAGCAGAAGUCCUCUGGAUGACGAUACCUGCUCAGAAGCAACAUCUGGUUCUGGAGGUAGAAGAACGAGUGGCUUGUUCUUUGGUUUGAUCGGUGGAGUAGUUAAGGCCUCACUUAAAAUGCAUCUUUUGGCCCAUCUGUGAACUCUUUUUCAAGAAGGAAAACGGAAGCAGAUGAGGGAAAAAAGAUGUUGGAUUGUAGUGAGUUCUAAUGUAGGUAGUAGUCCAUCGUCCUCUGGUCGUCCUUCAUCUAGUCCACUUAGUCCUGGUAGUGGUGGCUUUGAGGACGAUGAUCUUUUCGUUAGUCCGGUUGACGACAUUGUAGGUUGUGGAAAUCCUUCUGACCAGAUUCAAUUAAGGCUUCGUCCCCUAGUCCAUCUUCGGUAGCAUCCCGAGCCCGUUUCACAAGAGGAAAAGGUCUCAGGAUGAUCUUCAAGAUGGAUUAGGGUCGUGAGCUCUAAUUCAACAAGAACAUUCUCCCAGAACCACUGCUAGUCUUACAAAAGAUCUGAUACAGCGACACCGGGACCGCCUCCGUCGAUUAGGCGUGUCAGGAGUAGAACAAGGAGAUCAGAAAUCAGCCGUUUUCUUCAUCGCUGUAUGCGCUUGUUUUGUUAUUGGAGGACUAGUAGGGGGUCUCUUGGCGUUUUUAUUCCAGGACUGGAGGAGGCGAGCGGAGAUAAGCACUUACCUGGCUGAAAUCCAGGAUGAUCACGUGGCUAGCAUCAUUAGAGCAUCGAAGAAGAGACGUGGACGUACAGGUGGUAGGAGAAGUACUACUACUACUGAAGUUUAUGAAAGGCAUGGACGCGCGGGAGGAACUAGAGCAUCCUUUGAUCAGAGUGCUAGUGCAGCUGCUGCCUCAGACCUGCAUGGAAAUGGUCUCAUAUCCACGCCACGCCAAACCUUCUCUGAUGAAGCUGAAGAAGCAAGGUCGCUUCGUGCAGCACAGUCUGUCUUUACUGGUGUACCAGCAAUGAUAUCAGCAAAAAGUAGCUCAUCAUCUUCUUCUUCAGCAUCGUCCACGACUGUUGAGCAGGGUAGUAAAUCCAGCAGGGGUUCAUCUACUUCAUCUGCUUCACCUUCAACAUCAACAUCUGCUGCACAUGAAGGUCAAAAGGGCGGCAGGAAUCAACAACGUGAUGCGGAUUCUUCUGGCAGUAGCGAAGAAUCGCAAGUGUACUUGGCGACCAUGUCGAUGUCAGCAUCUACGGACGCUCGAGCUACCGCAACAGCUGAGGGCGAGGUGGUAUUUCGACAGAAACAUGGUAAACACGGAAAGACGACUGCGGAAGAUCAGCAGGUGGCCAUAACUUAUGACUGAAAUGGAAUUUCAUCUGAAACACGAUUGACUAGUGGAAAAACUGUUGAUGUUGAACUUCAACUUGAAACUAGUUGGAAUAAUAGAAUUAGGAAUCCAUGGUAGAGGUAGACUAGGUCUAGUUGUAGAAGUACCUGAUGCAGGUGUCUUUGCCUACCCAUACAGCAAGCUCAGACUUAAACAAGCGGUUGAUUUUCUAUGCCAACUUUUAUUUCAACAAAGACAAAGAAUUUAUAUGGUCAGGAGGAAGAAAAACAAGCUUGUUUCUUGUUCUAAUCAUUUUCCUCCAGCACGUCCAGUAGCAAGAGCGCUCGCAAAAAACAGCCUGGGGAGAUCAUAGUUUCGGUUGACCGCUUGGGAAACAUCAUGUUGCCAUCGAAAAUCAAGAUUCCAGACACGGCAUUCUACAACCUUGAGACGGCUCAACGCUACCGCAAGUACCAAUUGCGUGAUGACGCUUUUGGCGCUGCGGUGACAUUAUGAAGACCGAUGAUGAUGGUUUUUUGCAUGCUCGUGGUGACUCAAGACAAUAUUAAAGGCUAUACAUAUUUAUACAGUAUCUUCGUACUCGUUCUCGACACGCCAGUAUCCUAUUCAUCCUACCCUGAAUAGAGUCAUAUCUUUGAUGAAAAACAGCUUGCAUCAUGAUCUCUAUCUCUACUCCCCUAUUCCCUUUCCCAAUCCAUGGGUUUGGUUCGCUUUGGUGUCACUGUUUCAGGGCCCACGUGUCUGCCUUCUUGACUGUAGUGGUGGGCCGACUAUGUUUCUCCCUUUCCCAGUCCCCUCUACCUUUCCCAAUCCCCUCUCCCUUUCCCAAUCCCCUCUACCUUUCCCAAUCCCCUCUACCUUUCCCAAUCCCCUCUACCUUUCCCAAUCCCCUCUACCUUUCCCAAUCCCCUCCACCUUUCCCAGUCCCCUCUACCUUUCCCAAUCCCCUCCACCUUUCCCAAUCCCCUCUACCUUUCCCAAUCCCCUCUACCUUUCCCAAUCCCCUCUACCUUUCCCAAUCCCCUCUACCUUUCCCAAUCCCCUCUACCUUUCCCAAUCCCCUCUACCUUUCCCAAUCCCCUCUACCUUUCCCAAUCCCCUCUACCUUUCCCAAUCCCCUCUACCUCUUCUAACCACCGUCACCAAAGUCGGUCGCCCUGUCUCUGUCUUCUCCGAUGUCCUAGAUGCAGUCCUGGCACCCUACGCAGACGAACCUUUCUGGCAUGUGGGCUUGAUGGACGCCAAAAAUGGCGUAGAGGAAACAAAGUUCCUCCAACGCAUGCUCCUAGACGCAGAUGCGGACGACCUGGACAAGCUUGUCGUACAGGAUACCACAUCAAGAUCAACGAUGACCUUCACGGAACACAGUACCAGUGGGGUGUUCUCGCAUAGAAAGUGAGAAGAGGAGUAGGAAGAAGAUGAGUAGACUAUUUAUAAGUCUAAGUUGUAAGUAGAUGAAAGUGAUCCUGAAGAAUUUGUUGGACUUCCGAGGACACAAGUAAGUAAAAGUAAGAGGACACUGAAGCUGAAUUUUUAGUUCGUUGUACGAUGAGAUAGAAGAGACUGAAGUUGUUUGAUCCACCAAUCCAAAAGAGAAACACUGUUGCAAGUUUGAGAAUAAUUUUAUUCAGUCCAACAUCAGUGUCCACCACUAAAUUUUGACCAUCUUUUAAUCACAAUAUCGCGAAAUCUCCAACUCCAACUCCAAGUCCAAACUUUUGACUUCCCAUUCAUUGCUUCCCGUUCCUCUAUCUAAAAAAUCGUGUAUACCCUACUUAAUAUCACCCCCUUUCCCGAAUCCCGACACCUAGCGAAAGAAGUCAGAAACAAAACGCUCGUCGCUGAUAGUGACAAUGGCAAUGCGGAGACUCCGGAGUCAUAAUCGCAGCUGAUAGUGACAAUGGCAAUGCGGAGUAAUAACAAAAAUCAUGAAGACAAUACGAACGCGAAUCGUCCUCUAGUAGCAUCUGUACAAAUGUCCAACCCCCCACUGCAAGUUGAGGUGGUGCAAAGAAAAAAGUAGUCUACUACUAGUUGAUGCAAGUGCAAGUAAUGAACAACAGUAAAAAGUCUAGAGUGUUAUCAGCAGCAGUACCGUGAUAGUACUUACUAAG